GUGUAAACAGAGUGGAAAGAGGUAGGGGUGGCACUGAACGUGACGGUAAAAUAUAGCAGAUUCCUAAAAGGGGCGCAACACCCUAGGGCUAGCGCGUUGGUUAAGGAACCGCACAGGAAAAAAAAAAAACUACCUUGUGGCUAACGGUGUAUACACCCAGGUGUUGCCUCCCCAGUUUGUCAUUCGUCCUUUUUGGCCACGCCACGUCGAACAAGUUAAUUCACCCCACCCACUCGGAUCCCACAAAACAGUAAAAUGCAAGCAAAAUGAAUUUCUACGAAGCAUUAGGGAACGCUGCAAUAAAUGAGGAAAAUAAGGAGGAUUUUAAAAAGCUAAUUUUGAAGAGCGAAAGUUUUAUCGAUGACGUGCUGCACGAGCAACUUAGGGAACGACAAAAAAGGAGGGAUGAAAUUCUGCAGGACAUUUUUGACAUGCAAAUCCUCGUUGAAAAUCUUAAACUUUUCAUUAACAUGAAGGACCAAAAGGAAAUCGAGACGCUUACCUUGCUGGGAUGCGAUAGUUACGUUUACGCCGACAUAUUAGACAAGAAUAAAAUUUUCAUCCAAAUAGGAUAUGAGUUUUAUUUGGAGAUGUCCCUCGAGGACGCCAUCGUAUUCUUGAAAAAGAAGAUAAAUCUUUACGAGGACAAAGUGGCCUACUGGAACAAGCAGAUAUCGCGGGUCAAGGCUCACAUACAAAUACUGAUGAGAGCUAUUUCAAAUUUGGCUUGACUUGCCUCGGGGACCUCUUAAAGGGUGCCUCAGACGGUGGACGGCUUGGAAGAUUCAGCGAACCAGCGAUUGAGAGAUUUAUCCGAUUUAGCCAAUUCAACGGAUUCGUUUAAAUACACCGCCUUUUUUGCGUUUCCUUCGAUGGAAAAGAAAACAUUUUCCACCUUGUGCAAACGUGUGUGUGUAUAUCUGUACACAUACGUCAGCUGAUACUCAUAUAGUGACGCGCAUUUAACCCCUUAAGC